UAACGCGCAUGCGUAGUGUGCGUUGAAGCCGCUCAGCGCCYCACGACUUUGGCAGGCUGUAGCUUGAACAGUUUCAGCUAUCUUUAUGUAUCAAAUGGUGUCAUUUUAAAAGCAGCUUCAAUAUUCAUCACGAAAACAAUUGUUCAGACCUCCCAAAAAGUUGACACAGGGGAGGCUGAUAUUCAUCUCUUSGUCCUGCAGCACGAUGACAGAUGUACAAGAUGGAGACAUCCUGGAAGAGGACUCCGGGCAGGAGAAUGGAGUCCAAACGAACCACUACAGCUCCAUCUCCCCUCCUGCCUCACCUGUGCUCCAAGAAGAACCCUUCUCCACGUACUUUGAYGAGAAGGUGCACAUUCCAGAAGCUCCCAACCAGAUGUUCAGUUUCCGUAAACUCUGGGCCUUCACCGGACCGGGGUUUUUGAUGAGCAUUGCUUACUUGGAUCCAGGAAACAUUGAGUCAGACCUGCAGUCUGGAGCUAAAGCUGGUUUUAAGCUCCUAUGGGUGCUCCUCGGAGCCACCAUCAUCGGGCUGCUGUUACAGAGGCUAGCUGCUCGCCUCGGCGUCGUCACAGGGAUGCAUCUGGCCGAAGUCUGCAACCGGCAAUAUCCCACCGUUCCUCGGAUCAUCCUGUGGUUGAUGGUGGAACUGGCUAUCAUUGGUUCAGACAUGCAGGAGGUCAUCGGCUGUGCCAUAGCUUUUAAUCUUCUCUCUGUGGGCAGGAUCCCACUGUGGGCAGGAGUUCUCAUCACUAUCACAGACACUUUUGCGUUUCUCUUUUUAGACAAAUAUGGUCUGAGGAAACUGGAAGCUUUCUUUGGCUUUCUGAUUACUGUAAUGGCUAUUAGUUUUGGCUAUGAGUAUGUGCUGGUGAAGCCUGACCAAGGGGAGGUUCUGAAGGGGAUGUUUAUGCCGUACUGUGCUGGCUGUGGGCCCGUGCAGCUGGAGCAGGCUGUGGGAAUAGUGGGUGCUGUCAUCAUGCCACACAACAUCUACCUGCACUCAGCACUGGUGAAGUCUCGGGAUGUGGACCGCAAAAAAAAGGAGGACGUAAAGGAAGCCAAUAAGUACUUCUUCAUCGAGUCAACCAUCGCCCUCUUCAUCUCCUUCCUCAUCAACGUCUUCGUUGUUGCCGUCUUUGCUCAGGCCUUUUACGAUAAAACCAACAUCCAGGUGAAUGAUAUGUGCAACGCGACCGGCAGCCCUCACACGAAUCUCUUCCCUCUCAACAAUAACACUCUGGAGGUGGACAUCUACAAAGGGGGCGUGGUGUUGGGCUGCUUCUUCGGUCCUGCAGCUCUGUACAUCUGGGCCAUCGGUAUUCUAGCAGCCGGUCAGAGCUCCACCAUGACAGGAACCUACUCUGGGCAGUUUGUGAUGGAGGGUUUUCUGAACCUGAAGUGGUCUCGUUUCGCUCGGGUGCUGCUGACUCGCUCCAUCGCCAUCACGCCUACACUGCUGGUCGCCAUCUUUCAGGACGUUCAUCAUCUGACGGGGAUGAACGACUUCCUCAACGUGCUUCAAAGCAUGCAGCUUCCAUUUGCUUUGAUCCCAAUUCUAACCUUCACCAGUCUGACGUCCAUAAUGAACGACUUUGCUAACGGACUGUUGUGGAAGAUUUCAGGAGGCAUCGUCAUCCUGGUGGUUUGUGCAAUCAACAUGUACUUUGUGAUUGUUUAUGUGACCGCCCUGAACAGCGUGCUGCUCUACGUUUUCGCUGCUCUCCUCUCCGUGGCGUAUCUGUGCUUCGUCGCCUACCUGUCGUGGCACUGUCUGGUAGCCUUGGGGGUUUCCUGCCUGGACUGUGGCAGCAGGGUAAGCAACCGACCUGCAGUGUUCAUAGAGGAGCAGUCUGAGUACGACUCCUAGAGCUGAACACGACUCUAACCAGCAGCAUAUCUCCUCUGGGAGAGACUUGUACACAGCCAGGACUGUUCAGGAUCGUUUAGGAUCUUGAGCCUGCUCGUAUCUCCUGUUGGAUUUUUGUAGGGCUGGAUAUCUGAAUUGGCUGCUUUUUAGGCUCGCGAACACGCCAAGAUCCCACCAGCAGAACAUGUACAUGACAGCAUCUAACGCUUGAGGUGAUUUAGAAGAAACAAGCUGAUAUAAAUACAUUUAAACAAUCAAUAAAUGUGCUUAAAUUGGGAGAAUCUAGCUGCAGUAUUCAGUCAUGUUUAUUAUUAACUUGAGCAGUUUUUGCUACAGCAGCAUAAUCAGAGCCGGUGAACUUUGCCUGAGGGACAAAACCAUGAGACAUCAUCAGGAAAGGGAUGAAUCAACCAGAAGAGACUAAAAUACAGUCUAAACUGUGGCGUCACCACAGCAGUGGUGACCUUCGCUUGUUUCACUUUUUAUAAAAUGUUUUGUUUAAAGCGCAGUGAGGUCGACUGGUGAGGCUUCCUACGUCCAGCAGAAAACUGAACUUCCUGCUCUGUCAACAGCUCUGAUACAGACAGAAUCUGUGGCUUUUAUUUUCACCCUGCACCUAAAAUGUGACUCUAAAAUCAGGAUCAUUUCACUUUUGAGUGACCUUUGUCUCCUCCUGGAGUCCAGUUUGGGUGCUGUGUUUUYAGGAGAACAUGUUCUUAAUGCUUUAGAUAACCUCAAAUAAACACCAGCAGUACUCCAAUUUUUCAAAUAUAUAUACUUUUCUAUACCAGACAGCACARCUAUCAGGGCCUUUCUUUAACUCGUCAUGUUUUGAAGAGUCGUUCUGGUCUCUGUUCUCCAUCCUGGAGCCAUACAGAGGAUAAAACCUCAUUUUAUGAUCAGUCUCACUUCAUCUACCUCAACACCCCCUCCUCUCCCCUAACUGUCUGAUCUCUGUGUAGCCUCACUGGAGCAGUGUGAUUAUUCUGUUGAUUAAUGCAUAUUUWAAAAAAUAAAUAAAUGUUAGUUAUAUUUAAUACCAAAUACAAUUUAAAGUUGUGUACUGAAAAGCACCAAACGAUAUCCAGCCCCGGUGGUGUUUAAAACAUCUUGGUCAUUGGUUUUAUUUUUGUGUUGUAAUAAGCUCAUUUCUUUACCAACAUGUCAAAAAAAAAUAUCCACGCUAAAGGAGUAAGUUUCAAUGUGAAGUUUUGUGUACGUUUGCCACUUUUCUCUUUGUGCAACUUGGGCUGAAGGAGGCGGUUUGCCAGGAUGAGGUACAUAACUUUUGACUGAUUUGUGUUUUUUUCAAACUGGUCUCAGAAAUGAAACAGAGGUGAUUUCUGAGCGACUGAACCAAGUGGCUGUAAACGUCUGCAGCUCUUUUUUAGUGCCUCAUUGAUCAGGACGUCAGAACUGGUUGUAUUAGAAACAUAAAUGCGUUCAACUUUAUCUUGUUUAGAUUUGGAAACAUUAGUUAAAAGCUUUAAGCUUCUGUCAUCCUGUGAAGUAGUUUCAGUUAAGAUUCUCAUUUAUGGGAGAGGAGGAUUACUGAUUUCACAAAAAGCUGAACUUUUUUACAGCAUUUAUAUUUAUAGAAAAAAGAUCUGGAUGUGUUCUGGRAAUGUACAGAUCUGUGCAAAAGUAUUGAGUCAUUCACUGUUUAUAUUUAGCUUCCAAGCAGCAAGACUUACCUUUUAAUAUUUUAGGAUUAUAGAAAAAGUGUCUUUGAUCACUAGUUCUUCUGGUUUCUGAGUGUUURUUUCUUUSUUUGUUUUUUUGURAAACCCUCUCACACCAUAACUUUUUAGAUAAAUUAUUACUCAUAAAGGUUAUAUUCAUAAAAGUCAUUAGCAUUACUGUAUGUAUACAUCUAAAAGAGACUUUCAAUUUUAUUUAUUCCAUUUCAAUAUACCAGUAGACAGUUUCAGUGUUGUGUUACAGAGUCUAACUCUGACAUCUGAACCAUUCUGACAUUAAAAAAAAACUCCUCCAGUGUUGUGACGACACAAAAACAACCUGGCAAAAAAUAUUUUGAAUUGGAUUUUUAAAGACUUUACCUGUUGCCUGACAGAAACAUAGUUUGUUCCUAUUCAUUACUUAAACAAGCAAAUAAUAAUAAUAAUAAUAAAAAUAAUAAUAAUGUUUGACACAAAAUACAAUUUUAGCACAAAAAGUUGUUAGCUGAAAACUCAGUGUAGGAUGAUGCAUUUCUCAGGCCUUUUUUUUUAGGUUUUUGUUUUGUUUUGUUUUUUCCUGUCAGAUACUGUUCAUGUAUUUCUUUAUUUAGGACACACUGAUCAAUAUCACUGCAUUGCACAGCUACAUAACAUACAGAAGUCAUAAAACACUUACACAAAAAAGUACAACAAAACCACAAUAAUCAACGCACUUUAAAUUACACAGUAAAAAAUGGUUAGUUAAUUGUGAAUAACUACACUAUUGAUUAGCUUUUAGCCAAAGCUUAAGUUGUGAUUUUGAUUGAUUGAUUGAUUGAUUGAUUGAUUGAUUGAUUGAUUGAUUGAUUGAUUGAUUAGGCUCACAGUAUGCUGUGGGCACAGUAUGCAUGGUCAGAUACAAGAAAAAAAAAACUGGAGAACUACUGAUCAACAUAACUGAAGAUAAUAAAAUAUUACUGAAAGUCUGAAUCUCUGGAAACAACGUCUAGAAAAUAUGGGUACUUUAUAACUUUUGCACAGUUCUGUGUAUAUCCYUUUGAGUAUUGGCUGAAAAAACUUUAAGAUUUCUAUGCAACAUAAUAAGCAGAACUUAGUUUUGUGUUAAUAUAUGAAGAAUUAUUGUAAAUAGAAGCAAAGAAAUUUUAGUUUAUUUAGACAUUCCUUAAAACAUGAUUAUUUUAUUAAUGCAAAAAACAUUUCACAGCCUUGAAAAAAAUACUGCAGAUUUAAUCAAUUAUUUAUAUAAAAGCAAAUAUAAUAUUAAUAACCAGUAUAAGAUAAUCAAUAUAAGUAAUGGGUAUUAAUUUAUGUUGAACCUCUUACCCUAAAGAAGUGAUUUGUCCACAACUUUGAAUGAAUUUGACUUCAGGAUAAUCUGGGCUCAACUGUUUUUUUUAUUUUAUUUAAUUUAUUUUUAUUAAUGUGUUUACUGUGUUUAAUGUGUGUACUGUUCUGUUUUUUAUCAGGUCUGUUUUAAGUAUUAACCUGCUGUGAACUUUUACUGUAGAUCUUUGCAAAGUAGACAUUACAGCAUAUAAAAAAAUUGAUCAACGUAAUGAUGAAUAUUUUAUCAGCCAAAAGUAGCAAUAAUGUCCAGUUUUGUUGUUCUAACUUCCAGCUGUGACUGCGGAUGCAGCGUUUUUCUGUUUGACAUGUUUUUCAUGGAGGUGAUUUUAUGAGCAGAGCAUGAAGAAACGUGGCAGUGGACACAAAGCUGCAAGUUUCAAGUUAUUAAAUGGAAUUAAAGCAAGUAACCGAGCAAUAUCCAAGUGAUGUGAACGUUUUUAAGAAAUGAAAUGAGAAGUGCAGCAGAGUUUUCUCUCAGGACUUACUGUCACGUUGAGCUCUCUCUUUUAUUGUGGCGGGUCUCAAACUUAAAUCAUCUCUAUUUUUACACAACUUUGAGUUCAGAAAUACCUCACAGACAGAACUGGAAAAGAUGGGUACCGCAAAUGUAAAAAAAAAAAAAAAAAAUCAACAUACUGAUGUGUGAUCACUGAUGUCAUGUCGCUUUUCUUUUCUGCUGUUUGAAACUGAAAAAAUGAAGCUGUUUGUUGCUCUUGGGUGGAGCAAACCAUCUGUCCAAAAAUAAAAGAUAAUUGUAAAUUUCUGGA